CGCCCCGCCCCGCUCCGCUGGUUCCCGGAAGCGACCGCGUACGAGCGCUCUCAGGCGCGGGCGGGGGUCGUGUGCCUGGAGGAAGCUGCGGCACCCCUGGCGCCCGUCCAUGGCGCGGAGCCUCGGGAGCUGGCUGGGCGGCUGCCUGCUGGUGUCAGCAUUGGGAAUGGUACCACCUCCUGAAAAUGUCAGAACGAAUUCUGUUAAUUUCAAGAACAUUCUACAGUGGGAGUCACCUGCUUUUGCCAAAGGGAACCUGACUUUCACAGCUCAGUACCUAAGUUAUAGGAUAUUCCAAGAUAAAUGCACGAGUACUACCUUGACGGAAUGUGAUUUCUCAAGUCUUUCCAAGUAUGGUGACCACACCUUGAGAGUCAGGGCUGAAUUUGCAGAUGAGCAUUCAGACUGGGUAAACAUCACCUUCUGUCCUGUGGAUGACACCAUUAUUGGACCCCCUGGAAUGCAAGUAGAAGUACUUGCUGAUUCUUUACAUAUGCGUUUCUUAGCCCCUAAAAUUGAAAAUGAAUACGAAACUUGGACUAUGAAGAAUGUGUAUAAUUCAUGGACUUAUAAUGUGCAAUAUUGGAAAAAUGGUACUGAUGAAAAGUUUCAGAUUACUCCUCAGUAUGACUUUGAGGUCCUCAGAAACCUGGAGCCAUGGACAACUUAUUGUGUUCAAGUUCAAGGGUUUCUUCCUGAUCGGAACAAAACUGGGGAAUGGAGUGAGCCUGUCUGUGAGAAAACAACCAGUGACGAGACGGUCCCCUCCUGGAUGGUGGCCAUCAUCCUCAUGGCCUCAGUCUUCGUGGUCUGCCUGGCACUCCUUGGCUGCUUCGCCUUGCUGUGGUGCAUUUAUAAGAAGACAAAGUACACCUUCUCCCCUGGGAAUUCUCUUCCACAGCACCUGAAAGAGUUUUUGGGCCAUCCUCAUCAUAACACACUUCUGUUUUUCUCCUUUCCAUUCUCGGAUGAGAAUGAUGUUUUUGACAAGCUAAGUGUCAUUGCAGAAGACUCUGAGAGCAGCAAGCAGAAUCCUGAUGACAGCUGCAGCCUCGGGACCCUGCCUGGGCAGGGACCCCAGAGCUAGGCUCUGAGAAGGAAACACACUCGGCUGGGCACAGUGACAUGCUCCAUCUCACAUCUGCCUCAGUGAGGGAUCAGGGCGGAAAACGAGGGCCAAGACCAUCUAAGCCAGCCCCACAUCUAGAACUCCCAGACCCUGGACUUACCUAAGCAACCAAAGAGCUACAUUUUAAAGGUUCGCUUGGCAAAAAUAUUCCAUUUGGGAACUCACUGCCUUAUAAAGGCUCUCGCGAUGUUUUUAAAAGUUGGCCACUGAGAGUGUAAUUUUCAGCCCCUUAUAUCACUAAAAUAGGAUCAUGUUUUAAUUGUGAGAAACAGGGCUGAGCGCAGUGGCUCACGCCUGUAAUAUCAGCACCUUGGGAGGUUGAGGCAGGCGAAUCACCUGAGGGCAGGAGUUCAAGACCAGCCUGGCCAACAUGGUGAAAGCCUGUCUCUACUAAAAAUGCAAAAAUUAGCUGGGCGUGAUGGCACAUGCCUAUAAUCCCAGCUACUCAAGUGCCUGAGGCAGCAGAAUUGCAUGAAUCCGGGAGGAGGAGGAGGUCGCAGUGAGCCGAGAUAGCGGCAAUGCACUCCAGCCUGGGUGAAAAAGUAAGACUCCGUCUCAAAAAAAAAAAAAAAAAAAAAAAAAAAAAAAAAAUUGUGAGAAACAGAAAUAUUUAAAAAUUUUAAAUGAGGAAUAAGAAUGGAGAUGUUGUAACAUUCUACCAGAUUAUGGAUAGAUUGAUCUGAAAAUCAACCUCAACUCAAGGGUGGUCAGCUCAAUGCUUUCCAGAACACAGACUUUUGGAUUCUUUGGGGUACUUUGACUGAAUAUAUUUUUCUACCUAUAUAUGUUUUAUAUGCUGCUGGUGCUCCAUUAAAGUGUUACUCUGUGUGGCACUGUA